AUGUCGUUGAAAUCGGAGGAAGUCCCAUUGAUCGCCAUAAAACCCGAAACGGAUGAUGAUGAAUUGAAUGGGAAAUGGUCAAAAUCGGAGACUAUUAAAAUUUGUUUGCUAAUAAUGUUCUCAGUGGCACUUUAUGGAUAUCUUUAUGUAUACAUCAAGUCCAUGAUUAUAAGGGGUCAGGAACUUGACCGCUUGGCUGAAAUAACCGAGGAUAUAAACAGAAGGCUCAAUAGAUUGUUUGAACUCGAUAGUAACAUGUCCAUAGCUUUGGCAAAGUUACGUGAGGUUUAUGGUGUGAAGAGAAAUACC